AUGCUGAGUUCAGAUCUGCUGCUCACGCACUACGACCUGACGCUGCCGAUCGUUGUUGCUGCAGAUGCUUCCAACCACGGAGUUGGUGCCGUCAUCCCACAUACUUUUCCUGAUGGGUCUGAAAAGGCGAUCAUGCACGUAUCUCGCACGCUAACCCCUGCGGAGAAGAACUAUGGGCAAAUAGGGAAAGAGGCUCUAGCCCUCGUGUUUGCUGUCAAGAAAUUUCACAAACUGUUGUACGGUCGCCACUUCCUGAUGUUGACGGAUCACAAACCAUUGCUAUCAAUCUUCGGUGCGAAGAAGGGCAUUCCCGUCUACUCAGCCAGCCGACUUCAGUGAUGGGCAAUCAUCAUACUUGGCUACGAUUUCGACAUUCGCUACUGUCGUUCUACAGACUUUGGUCAGGCUGACGCCCUUUCUCGCCUCAUCAUCAAUCAUCAGGAACCAGAGGAAGAUACCGGGAUUGCAGCUAUUUCGAUUGAGGACGGUGUGCGCCGUCAGCUAUCAGACGCCAUACGAGGUAUCCCUGUCAUUGCCGCGGACAUCCGACGUGCUACUGAACAGGAUCCCAUCCUCCGUCAGGCCAUCCCCUACGUGCAGACCUGCUGGCUAACCACUGCUCUCGCUGGCGAUCUUCGCCAGCUCUUCCUCCGUCGAGUAUCGCUAUCUGUAGUUGACUCCUGCCUCAUGUUUGCGGGCCGUGUGGUGAUCCCAUCAUCCCUCUGACCCACUGUACUACGCUAGUUCCAUGCGGCUCAUCCUGGUACCAGCCGAAUGAAGUCUAUUGCUCGCAGUUUUGCCUACUGGCCGGGUAUCGACGGCGACAUCGACGACCUGGUUCGACGCUGUUCUCGAUGUCAGCAAGCUGCCAAGAUGCCGUCUCGUCAACCGCCAGUACCCUGGGAACCACCAGAGAGGCCUUGGUCACGCGUGCACAUCGACUUCGCCGGUCAACUUAACGGAGUCUCCUACCUAAUCUUGGUUGACGCCUACUCGAAGCGGCCCGAUAUUGCUCCGCUGAAUCCAGCGACCGCAUCUUCCACUAUCACCUUCCUAUGA